AUGAUGGGGACUCUGCGCGACCUCCAAUACGCGCUCCAACAGAAGAUCGAGGAGCUACGGCAACGGGACGCGCUCAUCGACGAGCUGGAGGCAGAGCUGGAUCAGAAGGACGAGCUCAUCCAGCGGCUGCAGAACGAGCUGGACAAGUACCGCUCUGUCAUCAAGCCCGCCACGCUGCAAGUGAGCAAGCACAACCAGCUCCGGGAGCACCAGGCGCGCUCCAAGAGGCAGGCCAUCUCCGCAGAGCCCUCCGCCAACAUCCUGAGCCAUGACAAGCUGCCCUUCUACGACAAGAGCGCAGAGUAUGUAUGUGGUGUGUGUCUGUGGUUCUCUGUGAGGACUGUCUGCUGCGUAAUGUAG